GAGUUGGUCUGCAGAGCCUCGAGCAUCGCCGUGAAAAGCCCCAGGAGCAAAACCGCCCGGGGAGAGGCUGUGCUGGGGCAGUGCUGGAGCAGCCGAGACAUCGCCUGAGUUGCUGAGAGCAGAGAAAUAGGGUUAAACCCUUCAGAGCCGAGCCCGGAUUGGGGUCCCGCUAUGGCACGCAGCUGGGCCGAGGAGCACCUGCUUUUCCCUGAGCCCCGCAUCCGUUCCUGGGUGUCAGGAGGCGCCCGACGAGCCCGUGGAGCAGAGCAGGGCAGAGCUCUUGUCGAGUCAAUGAGAGACCUCCACAAGUCUAGCGUGCUGGGAAGCAAGCACGGCAGCCUGAUGUCAUGGCGCCCGCAGUACCGCAGCUCCAAGUUUCGGAACGUCUACGGGAAGGUGGCGAGCCGGGAGCACUGCUUCGACGGCAUCCCCAUCACCAAGAACGUCCACGACAACCACUUCUGCGCCGUCAACGCCCGCUUCCUCGCCAUCGUGACGGAGAGCGCCGGCGGGGGCUCCUUCCUCGUCAUCCCCCUCGAGCAGACAGGCCGGAUCGAACCAAACUACCCCAAAGUCUGUGGUCACCAGGGCAAUGUGCUGGACAUCAAGUGGAAUCCCUUCAUUGAGAACAUCAUCGCGUCGUGCUCCGAAGACACCUCGGUGCGGAUCUGGGAGAUCCCCGAGGGCGGCCUGAAGAGGAACAUGACAGAGGCCGUCCUGGAGCUGUACGGGCACAGCCGGCGCGUCGGCCUCGUUGAGUGGCACCCCACCACCAACAACAUCCUCUUCAGCGCCGGCUAUGACUACAAGGUCCUCAUCUGGAACCUGGACAUCGGGGAGCCGGUGAAGAUGAUCGACUGCCACACGGACGUCAUCCUCUGCAUGUCCUUCAACACCGACGGCAGCCUCCUGGCCACCACCUGCAAGGACAAGAAGCUGCGGGUCGUGGAGCCGCGUUCCGGCAGGGUCCUGCAGGAGGCCAGCUGCAAGAACCACCGCGUCAACCGGGUGGUCUUCCUGGGCAGCACGAAGCGGCUGCUGACGACGGGGGUGUCGCGCUGGAACACGCGGCAGAUCGCCCUCUGGGACCAGGAAGACCUGUCCAUGCCCCUGAUAGAGGAGGAGAUCGACGGGCUGUCGGGUCUCCUCUUCCCUUUCUACGACGCCGACACUCACAUGCUGUACUUGGCUGGCAAGGGUGACGGCAACAUUCGCUACUACGAGAUCGGCUCGGAAAAGCCCUACUUGAGUUAUCUCAUGGAGUUUCGCUCCCCGGCGCCGCAAAAAGGACUGGGGGUGAUGCCGAAGCACGGGCUGGACGUGUCGGCCUGCGAGGUCUUCCGUUUCUACAAGCUUGUCACCCUCAAGGGGCUGAUCGAACCCAUCUCCAUGAUCGUGCCGAGGAGGUCGGAGACGUACCAAGAGGACAUUUACCCGAUGACUCCGGGUACGGAGCCAGCUCUCACGCCGGAUGAAUGGCUGAGCGGGGUGAACAGAGAUCCCAUCCUGAUGUCGCUGAAGGAGGGCUACAAGAAGACAUCCAAAAUCGUCUUUAAGGCACCGGUGAGGGAGAAGAAGAGCGUCGUCGUUAACGGCAUAGACCUGCUGGAGAACGUGCCGCCCCGGACGGAGAACGAGCUCCUUCGGAUGUUCUUCCGGCAGCAGGACGAGAUCCGGCGGCUGAAAGACGAGCUCUCGCAGAAAGACAUACGGAUCCGACAGCUACAGCUGGAGUUAAAAAACUUACGUAACAGCCCGAAGAAUAAUUAACUUCCAGGGACGUUUUAUAAAUAAACUUUCUUUGUUUAUACUCGCUCUUUAAUUUUAUUGUAUCCACUUACACAGAAUAUGAGCCAGAAAUCAAGUGACCUGCCAAGAGCCCACUCGCUAACUGGAAAUACGUCCUCCUAGUCGUGUCUAGCACUAAACCCGCUAUAACCGAGAGCUACUGCAUGAGAGGCGGCUGGGGCGUCCGUCUGCCCCGGCCACGGUCUUGGAGUAAGUAGACGAGCAGCAUCCCCUCCGUCGGGAUUAACCGGCACGGGGAAGCCGAGGCGGCGGCGACUCCCCAGGAAAGCGCGAUGCUUCGUUGCUAUUAAUUUUUUUUUUUUUUUCCUAUGCAAAAAUGUGACAGCGGGUGCAGAACUGGAACGGGGUGCGGGAAGGGUUUAAUUCACAAAAGCACGCUGCCGCGGCGGGAGCCGGGGACCCUUCCCGUGGCAGCGGCUGUGGCACAGCCGGGCAGGCUCCGGCACGGGCCGGGCUUUGGCGGGAGCAGCCUGGGAAUGUCCCGGGGCUACAGCCUGGGGAAGGGAGCUGCUCCACGUGUGUGCGUGCAUCCGUGCACACACACCGCUAUCCUUCUUUACAUUAAAAAAAAAAAAAAUAAAAAGAGGCUGCAUUUCCUAACUGGAGAGGGAUUUUUUUGGCUCCCUCCACCUCUGCAAAAAGGCACUCGCCCUCCUCCUUUCCGCUGGGAUGCACGCUGGUGCCACGGGGACGGGGGGAGGAUGCCACCCCGCUCGCCCCAGGGUCCCCGGGCAGAGACAUGACGCUGCCCCGAGGGAUGGACCCGGCGUGUGCUGGAGCUGUGCGGGUGCUCGAUGGGCUCCGCACGCGUGUACAAUCACAGGGUUUUUGUGGAUUAGGCCUGUGGCACAGGGAACGACACCAAAUACUGCUAGUUUACCUAUAUAUAUGUCUAUUUUCACUAAAUCGAGUUGCCGACCUGCCCAGCACCACCAGUGCAACAGUUUCUCCUCUCUGUUAAUUUACAUUGUGCCCCGCUCCCGCUGCUUCCCCCUCUUGGUUCCAUGUGCUGUCAUUGCCUAUUAUUUAUGCUACCACGGAAUAGCGAUGAAAUAAAAUGUUUUCAAGAU